AUGCAGUUUGUCAUUGUCCACAGGGACGAGAAUGCACGGCAGGUCACUGCGCCGUGCGACAUCGCUCAGGCGUAUUUCCGAGGUUGGUUCUGGAUCGAUUUCGUCUCCGUCAUCCCAAUCGAUGUGUACGCUUUGUGGUCCCGAAAGAAGAAGCUCCCUGGCAUGACUGGGUUGAAAGCAGUGCGAAUAGUACGACUGCUCCGCCUUGUGCGUCUUAUCCGUCUGGCAAAGUUUCAGCGAAUAGCAAGUCGCUGGCACACUCGUGCGGGUAUCAGUUACUCGACGAUUUCUGUUUGCAAGUUUCUGAUUCUGCUUCUGAUGGUGAGCCACUGGAAUGCAUGCAUUUGGGGGUUCACCGCCAUGCAGCAGCCCUGUGGUGAGGGCUGGCUGCAAUCUGUGAAGGACGAGGUAGCUGACGAGCCAUGCCACAGAGACCCGUUCAAUGUGUAUUUGCUUUCCUUGUAUUGGGCAGUCAUGACCUUGACAAGCGUUGGUUAUGGGGACAUCGUGCCGUUGAACACCACAGAGUACAUAAUCUGCACUAUCUGCAUGGUUUGCAUGGCGGGUCUGUGGGCUUAUGUGAUUGGAGCGGCGUGCACCGUUGUAGCGACCAUGCGCCCCUCUCUUAACAAGUUUAGACAGGACGUAGACGACUUGAAUGAAUUUAUGGAGGACUUUGAGAUGCCCUCUGUCCUGCGCAAGAAAAUGCGUAUGUACUUUUUCGAGUCUCGGGAGGUCCAUAGACACCGCAAGGAAAAGGCCGUUAUCAGCCAGCUGUCGCCAGCCCUUCAGGGCGAGAUCUUGCUGCACCUCCACAAGAGGUGGAUUAAAGAGGUUUCGUAUUUUUCCCAUUCAGACGACUUGUUCGUCGUGGCUGCUGCGCAGCGUCUGGACAUCUGUGCGUUCGCACAAGACGAGGAGGUCCACAUGGAGCGGACCCUGUUCGUUGUUCGCAAAGGUAUCUGUGCCCGUGCGUCAAACACUCCGUUCGCCAGCGAACUCUGGAGAGCGACGCACGACAAGAGCGGUUCAGCUUCACCUUCGCUUGGCGUGGGCAGACACGAGACCUUGCAGGACUACGGCUCUGAGUCACUGGUCUCCUCCGUUGGAUUCGAGAAUGAGGAAGGUCUGAGUUACUGCGAGCGCCUAUGGCCCCGCGUGUAUGCUCCUGGCAGCUUCUGGGGCGAGGACAUGCUGCUCAGCAACAAGUCGCUGAGGGACGAGGCCGUGGGGAGGGCACUGACGUACCUCCAGGUAAUUACCCUCGGUGUUGGCAAUCUCAUCGAGAUCGCCACGAGAUUUCCCGAGGUGCACGCAUCCCUCUGCUUUGCGAGGUCGAAGUUGGCGCUCUCGAGGGCCAUCAGGAAGCUCUCCUGGCACCUGCGCUACAUCAGGGCGGAUCCUGAGAGGGAGAGGACCUUCGUGGACCUCGACGAUGACCAGAUGAGGGCUCUGAUCGUCGACAUGCUGCGCGGUGGCAGCAACGCCCACUACGUCCUCGACCCGACGGCAGACACCUCCACGAAAUUCGUCCGGAAGGAGGCCGUGAGCGCCAGGAGCCUCUCGGACCCCGUCCCGAAGCAGCACUCGCACGUGCUCGGGCGGAUAGAGCACCUGCAAGGACAGGUCGCCAGGCUCCACGAUGCACAGGACGCCAUAUCGCAGAAGGUCGAUCGCGUCAUCAGCGCCAUCGGCCACCGAACGAACGGCCGUGCAAGCAAGCUCCUCUUCGCUUAA